AAUCAUUAUCGGAUAAUGCCACAACAACCUCAAGGCUCGUCUUGGAGCUGGGCAUUGGGGGCUUGGGAGUUGGGAAUGCUACUUUAUCCUAGCAAUCUGACAUAGGGAUAGUUGAUGCAUGUCACUGCUACUGGAAUCACCGAACCAUGGCCCCACCAAUCUGACAUAGGGAGUAGGGAAUCCUACUUUAUCUUUAUAUUCUAAAACUUUCAUUCUAUGUUCUAAAGUUUACCUUCUAGUUUUAAAUUUUACUUUUUAUGUUCUAAUGUUUACUUUCAUUGUAUGUUCUAAAGUUGACCUUCUAGUUUAAUUUUUUCACUUUAUUCUAAAUUUUAUUAUGUAUGUUAUAAAGUAAUUCACUAUGUUCUAAAGCAAUAUGUUAUAAGUAUGUCCCUAAUUUACUAUGUUCUAAAGUUUAUCCUUGAUGUUCUAAAGUUUUCUCUGUAUGUUCUAAAGUUUUCUAUGUAUCUUUCUCUUUAUAUUAUAAAGUUUUUUUUAUGUUCUAAUGUUUUCUUCAUAUUCUAGGACUUUCAUUGUAUGUUCUAAUGUUUACUUUCAUGUUCUAAUGCAGUUGGUGAUAUUUAUCGUACUCCAGAGGUUGUUGGAUCAUUUAGCCCUGGUGGUACCACUAAGGAAUGGAUUCCAAGUGUUCCCGAGGAGUUAAAACCCAGUUUGGGGAUGAUAUUUAAAGAUCCUGAAGAGGGUCUUAGUUUUUAUAAAGCAUAUGCAAAUGCCGCUGGGUUUACUUCUAGGAAAUCUACUACUAAAAGGAAGAAGAAUAACAAAGAUAUAAUUGCUUUUCAAUAUGGAGUUUGCAAUAAGGAAGGUUUUAGGGCAAUAAGAAAACCUAUUGCUCAACAAACAGUUUAUGAAGAAGGAAAAGUUCGUAUUACUAGGAAACGUUUAGUCACUCGUGUAGGAUGCAAUGCUCACAUAUGUAUGAGAUAUGAUGCUGGAAAGUAUGUUGUAACUCAUUUCAAAGAAGAACAUAAUCAUCCUUUAUAUACUCCAAGUUGUGUAAAAUUUCAGAAGGAUAAUAGAAAAAUGCAUAUUAUGCAUAAAAAGUUGAUUGUUGAUAAUUCAAAGGUAAAUGUUGGUCCUGUGAGGUCUUAUACUAUGAUGAAAGAAUUAGCUGGAUCACAUGAUAAUGUUGGUGCAUCUAAACAAGAUUUCAAAAAUUUUUAUAGAGAUUUGAAGGCUUUUAUUGAUGGAUCAGAUGCCCAAAUGUUUGUGGAUAAUUUUCAAAAUAAGAAAUUGCUCUGGAGUGCAUUUUUUUUUCCUAUGAUGUUGAUGAAGAAGAUAGACUUUGUAGAGCUUUAUGGGCUGAUCCUAUCUGUCGAAAAAAUUAUGCACUUUUUGGUGAUAUGGUUUCUUUUGAUACCACAUUCAAAACAAACAGGUGAUGUUUUAAAUAUAAAUUUCUUUCAUAAUGUAAUUAAUAUUUUACUUUUACAUAUUAAUUUUUUAAACAUAUGUUCUUAUAUUCUAAAUAUCAUGCCUUGUGUUCCUAAACAAAUAUCCAUCAUGUUUUGAUGUUCUAAACAAAUAUUCUUUAUGUUCUAAACUAUGUAUGCCUUAUGUUCUAAACAUAUAUUGCUAAUGUUCUACCUUAUGCUUUAAAAUAUAUCCAUCAUGCUUUUAUGCUUUAAACAUUAUGCUUUUGUGUUUUACACUUUAUUCUUUGUGUUCUAAACUAAU